UCCUCUUUGUCCUCCUCCUUUCUCUCCUCCCCCUUUCUUUCUCCCAACAAAGCUGUGCCCAUGACAUCAUGCCCGAAAACAAACUCUACUCCCUCUGCAACUCCCUCCCACAGCUCUCCGCCAACCUCCAUUGGACUUACCAUCCUUCAAACUCCACCGUCGACAUCGCCUACCGCGCGCCGCAGAGCUCCGACGGCUGGAUCGCUUGGGCUCUCAACCCUACCGCCACCGGCAUGAACGGCGCAGAAACCAUCUUCGCCUUCUAUGACUCCAAGGGCGUCAUGACUACUGUCACUUAUCCCAUCACUUACACGAACACGACUGUGAGGAACUCCAGCCUCAGCUUCAAGAUUUAUAGCAUGUCUUCUCAGUUCUCGAACAAUGUUAUGAGUAUUUACGCGACUAUUGAGCUUCCGAACAACAAGACGAAGGUGAAUCAUGUGUGGCAGUCUUCGACGAUAUUCACGAAUGGAAUGCCUUCUGGGCAUGCGGCUACUGGUGCGAAUGUGAGAUCGACGGCGACGCUGGAUUUGCUCUCAGGAGAGUCAUCGGGAUCUGGGAACUCGAGGCUGCAUCGCAAGAAUAUCCAUGGAGUUCUGAAUGCAGUGAGUUGGGGCAUUUUGAUGCCUAUUGGAGCGAUCAUCGCGAGGUAUAUGAGAGUGUUCAAGUCUGCAGAUCCAGCAUGGUUCUAUCUCCAUGUUGCUUGCCAGUGUUCUGCAUACAUUGUUGGAGUUGCUGGAUGGGGAACUGGCCUUAAACUCGGCAGCGACUCAAAAGGAAUCACAUAUGAUUCUCACCGCGAUAUCGGGAUCGCUCUCUUCAGCCUUGCUACACUUCAGGUGUUUGCAUUGCUUUUAAGACCCAAAAAGGAUCACAAAUACCGCCUCUACUGGAAUAUUUACCACCAUGUAAUUGGCUACACUGUCAUAAUCCUCAGUGUGAUCAACAUCUUCAAGGGAUUUGAUAUCCUGGACCCUGAGAGAAAAUGGAAGCAUGCUUACAUAGCUAUAAUCGUAACUUUGGGCGGCAUCGCCGUCGCCCUUGAAGCCAUUACUUGGGGCAUCGUCCUGAAGAGAAAGAGGUCAGAUAGCUCCGAGAAAUCGCAUCGGGGCACCAAUGGUGUCAAUGGCCUCAAUGGCACCAAUGGUUAUGGUGCAAGCAGGCAGCAUCAGGUAACUUAGAACAAUACAUGCAGAAGAGUUAUGGAUGAGGAUUAUUUCCUUGUGUGUGGUGUUUUGUGAGAUCUCUUUAUCUUUAGAUGUUUACAGGCAUAGAGAGGGUGGUUGAUAGAGCUGUAAUUUUUAAUAGGUUUUAGAUUUUGUAGCUGCAGAUUUGUCUGUGCUUUGGCUUUUAGAUAUAGUUUUCUCUAUGUUUCUUCAUGAUUGUAUGAUCAAUGGAUUGAGGGUUUCCAGUAUAAUCUAUUGGCUCCUUCUGUA